AAUAACUACAAUCUAUCACUGUAGCCUUUACGCGAGUGCUAGCAUUCUAUGUAAACAAACACUUCAACCGGAAGUAGAAAACCGUUUAGUCAGUUGAACCCGCUAUGAAUCAUGGGAAAUAGAACGGGCGAAGAAUAAGGUGAAUAGUCAAAAAAGUAAUAUAACACAUUACAUUUAAAAUUCUUGUAAUCAGAUAACAGUUACUGACUUUCAAUUAAAGUAAUUCAUUUUAAGUACAUUACUUGCACUAACAUAAUAUGUAAAAUACAUUUAAAAUAUGAAUUCAUAUGUAGGCUUUUAGCGUUUCUGUGACAGCUGAAGGGUGUGCGACAAUGAACGAGCAGGAUAUAUAGACAUUUUGUAUUUGAGCAGAAAACCAAAAACUUUUCUAGGAAAUGUUAUUUCGAAAGUAACUUAAAAGUAAAAUAAUUAGUAAUGUGAUUACUUUUUUAGAUGAAGUAAUCCGUAAAGUCAUCUUUUCAGAGAAGUAAUCAGUCAUUUGUAUUGUCAAAUUACUUAUUUUGAGUAAUUUCCCCAACACUGGGUAUAAGUAAUCUACAAGCUAUAUCAAGUUAUAACUGUAAGUAUAUCUUCAAACAAGUGAGUAAAUGAAUAAUGGAUGACCACAUAGAAGCAGUACCUUUUGAAAAUACUACAUUGCUUUUGGUUUAAAAUCAUGAGUUGCUUUCCUCUAAGUAUACAGUAUAUGGGCAGUAUAAGCGCAGUACUCUGCAUUUGACCAAGUUGACAGUCACACUGGAACAUUCCUCAGCUCUAUCAGGAGGGGUUUCCUUCCUAUGUUUACGUUUAUAUCGUACAUGGGGUUUCUGAACAUAGAAUAUUCAAGCUUUACGCCAUACAGUCUCAAGUUAGAAUGACAAUAGGAUGGAUUCUUAUGGACAAACAAUCUUGUUUACCUUGUUCAUUUCACCUUGUGUGGGAAUGGUACAUCACUGUGCUUGCUCAACCAACUUAAAAGACUGCAAAAAUCUCUACCAAAUGCCAGUGGACUUUCAUACGGCUCAUGAGAAGUGCAGAGAAGAGGGUGGUCAGUUAAUGUCUGUCCGAUCGAAUAAAUCAGAUGAAGUUGUCGGCUUUCUUCUUGAUAACACGAUUGGACAUUUUUGGAUAGGACUGCAUCUCCCAGAGGGGAAGUGUUCGAGUAACGCGAUUUCAUUACGAGGAUAUGAAUGGACCAGUGGUGGGCAAGGCACGGAAUUCUCCAACUGGGGGAGCGAAGAGAUAGCGUGCGCUCCACUCUGCGUGUCUAUCUCCAGUGACAGAAAAUGGAUGGAGAGGCCAUGCGCAGAAAAGCUGGAUGGAUUUCUGUGUGAGGGCGAUCAAAAAAAUCUUUGCACAGGACGUGAGGCAUCGAGUGUGACCUUCCUGGACGAUGAGCAGUGUCUGUCAGCGCGCUGUGAACAUGAAUGUACUCCUGUAGCUGUUGGAUAUAUGUGUUCUUGUAUGCAGCGAUUCCGUCCUAAUGCAAGAGACCCACACCGUUGCGAUUUCUACUGCACAUCAACCGUUUGCGAGGCGAUUUGUGCGAGAGACGGGACUAUGUGUCGGUGCCCAGAUGGAUUUGUUUCAAGUGAAAAAAACUGCGAAGAUAUAGACGAAUGCGAAUCAAAUCAUGACUGCGCACAAAAGUGCGUGAACACGAUUGGAAGUUAUAGAUGUGCUUGCUUUGAUCCCUUUAUUCUCGUUAAUGGAACUGAAUGCAUUCUUAAUCCCAAAUUUGAAUUCACAACACCAUCCCAUAAUUACGUUGUCCGGGGGUCACUGUCGAGCCCAGGGGAGUAUGUUGGUCUGAUAAUAUUCAUUAUAAUGGCUGUUUUUGCCGUAUUAGUGCUUGUGCAUUACUUGCGUGGUCGUAAAGCUGCUGUACAGGAAUGCAAUCCAUCAGAUAAUGAGUUUCAGAAAAGUGGAUCACAGUAAAUGAGAGUACCACUAUAAUAUUUUUUUCUGGUUACAUUUGUAAAUAUGCUAUAGUGGUAAUAUACAAGUAGGCUUAUGUAUAUUUGUUAGUUCAGCCAUAUAAAGACCAAAUCUGUAAAAUAUUUGGAUUUACACAUGGAUUAAUUUUUACAGUGCAUGCAUUAUGAGCUCAAAUUGAACUGUUAUGUUGCACUGGAAGAAAAAAACGAAUUGAACAUUGUAAUGAUGUGUUCAAAGUGGUCUUAUUGCUUAUGGCAAUGUCAUAGCAUUUUCAUAUAUCCAUUACAGAAUACUGGGCCUCAUUCACAAAACUAAAGCAGAAUUUCGGUGUAAAUGAACUUUUGAUGCAUUAGCUGGCCAUAGCCAUGUUACACAGUCCAUUGGUUCUUAAAGGCCACAUAUGUAUGUUAAGGUUUGCUGAAAGAUGCAAUACCUGCCAUGAUUUUUGUGUUCUCUCGACAACUGUCUUCACACUUAAGUAACAUUGCUUUGUUUAGUCCAUUUGAAAUUGUUUGUUUACUAAAUGCAACAAUUCUUGAAACAAGUAAUUUCGCAAUACGAGAACUUUCAUUUUGACACCCUUUCAAUCUAUUAUAUGUUUUUAAAUAACUUUUACAUGAAGCGUUUGUAGUCUUACAAAGCAAGAGAGUAUGCAAAAUUGCUUCACGUAGACACAUUAGACCUCAACACUUAACACACAAACCUCAAUAACAUUGAGAGUCAACAAAACUCAUUAAAGGGAUAGUUCACCCAAAAAUGAAAAAUCUCUCAUUAUUUACUAACCCUCAUGCCAUCCCAGAUGUGUAUGACUUUCUUUCUUGUGCUGAACACAGACAAAGGUUUUAGCAGAAUAUUUCAGCUUAAUGCAAGUGAAUGUGACCAAUAUUUUGAAGCUAAAAAAACAAACACAUAAAGGCAGCAUAAAGAUAAUCCAAAUGAACGUAGUGGUUAAAUCCAAGUCUUCAGAGGAAUAUGAUAGGUGUGGGUGAGAAACAAUUUAAGUCCUUUUUUUAUUUUUUUAAUGAGAAAAAUUACUAAGUGCACCUCUAACAUCCCCACACAGCAGCUAUCAGCAACAAACAGCAACAUUGUUCAAUAUGAAGUUGUUCAUUCAGUUAGGCUAGUUGGGACAAUAUUUGGCCUAUCAUGUGUUUUUUUUUUUUUUUUAUGUAGAUGCAAAGUAAUACACAUUUUGUAGUAAAAAAAAAAAAAAAAAAAAA